AUGGUUGUCUAUUCCUUCUACAUCUUUGACCGCCAUGCGGAAUGCGUCUACAAGCGGCGCUGGCUCCCCCGUCCGAGCUCGUUCACCGGGAAAUCGUCACGCCCGACUUCUGAGGCAUCGGCCCCGGCCAAUGGAUCGCCUGCUGUCUUGGGCCAAUCUGCGCAGACCACCGACGAUGAUGCGAAGCUGAUCUUUGGCACGGUCUUCUCUUUACGGAACAUGGCUCGCAAGCUCGGAGGUGACGAUGAUAGUUUCGUCAGCUAUCGCACCAGUCAAUACAAGCUGCAUUAUUACGAAACCCCGACGAACAUCAAGUUUGUGAUGCUUACCGAUAUCAAGAGUCCAAGUAUGCGGGUGGCUUUGCAACAGAUCUACAUCAACCUUUACGUUGAAUAUGUGGUUAAAAACCCAUUGUCUCCAGUUGAACAUCCUGGGGGCGUUGGCGUGAAUAACGAGCUUUUCGAGCAGUCGUUGGAACAAUUCGUGACUCCCGCCAUCCUAUCGGUCUGUUCGCCCAAAGGCGCAAGAAUCGGCGGUCGUCGGAUAUUGCUUGCUGACAGUCGACCCGAACUCAAGAGCUCGGUAUUUCUUCGGGUCACGAUCUUCAAAGACCCGUCUGAUGAAUGCCAUUCACCAGCAUGA